AUGGCCAAGCCAGUGCAGGAUUUGGUCAGCUUGUGUGCCGACCAACCCGACACUAUUCGCUUACAUUGGAAAGAAGAUCAACAGCGUUCCUUUGAGGCCCUUCGUUCGGCCCUGGCCGGUUUGCCCGCUCUCGCCUACCCUGACUUUGACGCCCCUUUCCAGUUAUGUUGUGAUGCAAGUGACUUUGCUAUUGGUUCUGUCUUGGAACAAGAACAUCGUCCGCUAGCGUUCUUUUCUCAAGUUCUUACGGGUGCUCAGCUUCGUUGGCACACGUAUGAGAAAGAAGGUUAUGCACUGGUCCGUUCGCUGGAAAAAUUUCGUCACUACUUACUGGAUACUCCGUUCAAGGUCACGGUAUUCUCUGAUCAUCGGCCCUUACAACAGUUGGCUAAGUCGAAGUCCCCACGAGUUGAACGUUGGUUGCUGGCUAUGCAAAACUUCCGCUUUGAAGUCCGUUACAAAGAAGGUGUUAAGAAUAUUAAUGCCGACGCCUUGUCCCGACCACAACUGCAAGUUGAAUCCAAGGCCCCUAUUCCUACUAAGUCUUGUCCCGUCCGUUCAAAUCUCGAGGUUGUUCCUCCAGAUUCUGUGGUGGUUGCAGAAGAUCCGGAACUGUCAGGCUUGUUACCUGACACUAUGAAGGAUCCCCUGAUUGCCGCAGUGGUUUUAUGUCCGUUAUGGUCAUGGGAUAAACUUCGAGAAGCUCAAGAACAAGACCAUGUGGUUUGCGAGGUUCGUGAUCGCGUCUUAGUGGAUGCUCCUUUGGGUC